CAAAAACGUCACUACGCCGGAAGUGUUGGACAGAUUAAAAUCCUCUUGUGUGACAGCAGCGGUUCGGUACAUUGUAUUUUUUUUUUUUGUCUUUCUGUAGGGAUGGAGGUGACACGAACAAAUUUCAAAGACAGUUUAAGCACUGUGUACAGCGCAAUAGAGGAAGCAGACUUUCUCGCAAUCGAUGGGGAAUUUUCAGGUAUUAGCGAUGGGCCCAACGUCAGCGCACUGACUAACGGGUUGGACACGCCAGAGGAGCGCUACAUGAAGCUAAAAAAGCAUUCCAUGGACUUCUUGCUGUUUCAGUUUGGACUGUGUACGUUCACAUAUGACCAGGCAGAGUCCAAGUACGUCAUCAAGACUUUUAAUUUUUAUAUAUUCCCAAAGCCGUUCAACAGAACCUCCCCAGACACCAAGUUCAUCUGCCAGAGUUCCAGCAUAGACUUCCUGGCCAGUCAGGGUUUUGACUUCAACAAAGUGUUCCGUCACGGGAUCCCGUACCUGAACCAGGAAGAGGAAGUGCAGCUGCGGGAGCAGUAUGAGGAGAGGCGGAGUCAGAGUAACGGAUCAGGAAACCCCUCCUACAUCUCCCCAACCCAAACAAAGGCCCUGGCAGCCCCCGAGGAGCACAGGGAGUACAUCGGACGGGUGGUAGAGAAGGUGGAAUCUCUGUUCACUACCUCAGAGAAGACUGUGGACCUGGAGCCCUGCACUGGGUUUCAGAGGAAGCUGAUCUACCAGACUCUCAACUCCAAGUUCCCAAAGGGCCUUCAUGUGGAGACCUUGGAGACAGAGAAGGUCAAGCGGUACAUUCCCAGCAAGGUGGACGGCGAGGAGAGGAAGAGGAGGGAGCGGCAGAAACAGGGAGAGAACAGGUGCGAGCUGAAUGACGCUGUGGGAUUCUCCAGGGUCAUACACGCCAUCUCCAAAUCUGGAAAGUUGGUGGUUGGCCACAACAUGCUGCUGGACGUCAUGCACACCAUCCAUCAGUUCUACUGCGUACUGCCAGAGGACCUGAAUGACUUUAAAGAAGUCACUCAGUGUGUCUUCCCCAGGCUGUUGGACACCAAGCUCAUGGCCACUACGCAACCGUUCAAGGAGUUGAUCAACAUCACGUCUCUAGCAGAGCUGCAGAAACAGCUGAAAGAGAGCCCUUCAAAUCUCCUAAAGUUGUCGAGGACAAGAUUCUACAGCAGUGGUUCUCAACCAGGGGUACUAGGAGCCCCUGGCGCCCAGGAACAGCUCCACCAGGCGGGCUACGAUGCCUUCAUCACUGGUCUCUGCUUCAUCUCCAUGGCCAACUACCUAGGAGGCGUGAGAGGAGGCGGGGAGUUGAAGAAGGCCAUCUCCGUGGUAACACCGUACUUUCCUGACUCCCCCAGAGCCCACAUCCCAUCCCAAUCGAAACUCAUCCAACCCUUCGUCAACAAACUGUUCCUGAUGAGGAUCAUAGAUAUUCCCUACCUCAACAUCAGCGGACCAGACCUCCAGCCCAAGAGGGAUCAUGUUCUGUACGUCACCUUCCCUAAGGAGUGGAAGACCAGUGACCUCUACCAGCUGUUCAGUGCCUUUGGUAACAUCCAGGUGUCGUGGAUUGAUGACACGUCAGCGUUUGUAUCUCUGAGUCAGACGGACCAGGUACAGAUCGCGAUGAACACCAGUCGCUAUGCGGAGAGCUACCGUAUCCAGACGUAUGCAGAGUAUGUCCAGGGCAGGCAGCAGGUCAGGGAGAGCCAGGGCCAUUCUACCCAGUCCUGGGACGAGGACGGCUGGGUUAAACCGCACUACACCUCCCCUCUACAGUUGGUGCUGGUCCUACUGGCUACAGCUACGAAGUUAAUGAUGUUCUACAAGGUCACCAUGGAGUCUCUAAGGCAGGUUGUUUUAAAUGUGACGGCCGGUCCGUGUGUUGUGGGCGUCAGGCCGUCGUUGGGGAAACGCUGCGUCAGUCCGAUCCAGGAGGAGCAGCCUACGGAGGGAGAGGCUCAGAGAUCACACGCUGACGGAUGGAGUGGCUACACGCACUCUCACACACACCCCGACACGGGCAGCAAGAAGAUCAGGACCGACGGGUGUGGAUCUGAUCUGCUGAAGUUGUCUCUAGGGGGUGUGGAUCUGAUCACACACUCCCCUGCUGUUGUCUCUAGUGUGGAUCUGAUCACACACUCCCUGCUAGAAGACUCUAGUGUGGAUCUCCUGCUAGAAGACAGGUGGGGUGUGGAUCUGAUCUGUGGGGUGUGUGGAUCUGAUCUGUGGUCUGUGGUGUCUCUAGGGGUGUGGAUCUGGUCUGUGGUGUCUCUAGGGGGUGUGGAUCUGGGGGGUGUGGAUCUAGGGGUGUGUGGUCUGUGGUCUGUGGUGUCUCUAGGGGGUGUGGAUCUGUCUCUAGGUGUGUGGGGUGUGGGAUCUGUGAGGGGGUGUGGAUCUGAUCUGAUGGUGUCUCUAGGGGUGUGGAUCUGUAGGUCUGUGGUGUCUCUAGGGGGUGUGGAUCUGUCUGUGGUGUCUCUAGGGGUGGGGGUGUGGAUCUGGUGUGGGUGGAUCUGGUCUGUGGUGUCUCUAGUGGUGUGGGUGUGGAUCUGGUCUGUGGUGUCUCUAGGGGGUGUGGAUCUGGGGGGUGUGGUGUGGGUCUGA